CAACUAAUACACAACAAAUCACAGCCCACCCAACUUCGUUUCCACCGAAACCGGCCUCUUAGUACAACACAAGACCAUCAUCGUCGCUUCCCUUCCCUUCCCUUCCCCAUAUACUCUUCCUCUGAUUCCUCGCCCCAGCAUCCUCCUCAAGCCACCUUGCUCUUCUGCCUUCCCCGCAACCAUUCUCGUCCACAGCCGGAGAAUUGUGAAUAUAAGGAUAGGAAGAAUGGCUGCAGCUGCAACUCCUACUGUAGGCCUGACAACAGCCAGGACUUUCAUCUCAUCCCUCCAUAAAACGUUGAUGUCGAGGGCAGCAAUUCUGAGUACAGAGUCCAAAGAUGCAUCUAUGACUAGGCUUGCAAGCUCUUCUCACAUCUCAUUGAGCCAUUCCUUCUUACAGAAGCCUAAUUCAGUGAUCCUGAAAUCUAAACGAGUUGUCGCAACAAAAGCAGUGUCCUCGGAAAAUGAAACUAGCGCCUUGCCAGGACUUCCUAUCGAUUUAAGAGGGAAGAGAGCUUUCAUUGCUGGUAUAGCUGAUGACAAUGGGUAUGGUUGGGCUAUAGCCAAAUCACUUGCAGCAGCUGGUGCUGAAAUUCUUGUUGGUACAUGGGUGCCGGCUUUGAAUAUAUUUGAAAGCAGUCUACGACGCGGAAAGUUUGACGAGUCUCGUGUAUUACCGGACGGUUCUCUGAUGGAAAUUACUAAGGUGUAUCCAAUGGAUGCGGUUUUUGAUGGCCCUGAGGAUGUUCCUGAAGAUAUAAAAACAAACAAGCGCUAUGCAGGAUCAUCCAAUUGGACUGUUAAGGAGCUUGUUGAAUCAGUGAAGCAGGAUUUUGGCUCUAUCGACAUCCUUGUCCACUCCCUCGCUAAUGGUCCAGAGGUUGCGAAGCCUCUUCUGGAGACUUCAAGGUUUGGGUACCUUGCAGCCAUCUCUGCAUCAAGUUACUCCUUCAUUUCCCUUUUGCAGAACUUCCUUCCUAUAAUGAAUCCAGGUGGUGCAACAAUUUCCUUGACCUACAUUGCUGCUGAAAGGACCAUUCCUGGUUAUGGUGGUGGGAUGAGUUCAGCCAAGGCUGCAUUGGAGAGUGACACACGGGUGCUUGCCUUUGAAGCUGGAAGGAAGCACAAAAUCAGAGUCAACACAAUAUCUGCAGGUCCAUUGAGAAGUCGGGCUGCAAAAGCUAUCGGUUUUAUCGACAUGAUGAUAGAGUACUCGACUACCAAUGCACCCCUUUUGAAAGAACUAUCUGCAGAGGAAGUAGGGAACGCUGCUGCUUUCCUGGCUUCACCUUUGGCCUCAGCCAUCACUGGAACUGUCUUGUAUGUCGACAAUGGUCUAAAUGGUAUGGCUGUUAGCACCGACAGCCCCAUACUGGAAAAGCUCCACGCUGCAAAGGAGAAAUAAACACACCUACGCAGGAAAUCACCCAGAGCUUAUAAGUUUUGUUUUGUUCUUUUUUUUUUUUUGUUAAUUUCAGAGUACACAAUAAAUGCUGUUCUUCCUAUCUGGGCUCUUCGUUGGACUUGUGUAACAUUUUUACAUAUGCAGAGAGCUAGCUGAUUUCAGUUGAAUCGAACACAGAGGGAACAAACAACUUUGUGUAACAUCUUUAGCAUGAAAAUUCAUUUUGUAGUUAAGCUUUCUGCAGAGCCUAAACUUGGGAAUAUUUAACAAUGAUGCUCCUUGAGAUUCUAGUCAGAUGGGCUGGAUUCUUGAGUCCUAUGUGGCAUCAGCUCCUUUCCAACCCCGACUGAGGAGCACAUCAACUGCCAAUCACUGUAGUCAAAUUUGAAGACAAAAUGCCGGUAAGAAACGUCGCCGGAGGCAAUCAUAGUGGCUGAUGGCGCAUUCCUCGGAGAGACUAGAUGGCGACCGGAUUCAUCAUCAACUUGAAUCUCCACCCUUCCGUCUUUUACAAGGAACGACAACGCAAACAAAUUCUCCACCGUCUGUGAGAAUGAGCUCCUGUUCAAUACCAGGUGUUCAAGCUCCACCUUCCUCUCCUUCCUCAAGAUGCUGAACAUGGUCAGCAUCGUUCCAUCAGUCGUGCCUGUCUUCUCUUCUUCCUCGACGUGAGGAUCAACCU